CUGGUGUCUUUGUUGAAAGACUCAAUCUCCACCAUCUGUUCCACAGAGAACAUGAACCGCUCCAGCGCCACCUCCUCUUUGUCCUUGAUUACAACGACCACUUUCUCGACAUUCCCCGCCAAGAGUUGGUCGCGAAUCGACUUGACAGCACCGGAGAUGUAUUCGUUGAGAGCGGGGUGUCUGGACUGAUAGACAGGAGUGUCGUAUUUCUUGCGACGGACGAACAAGUCCGCUGGAUAGAUCUGCCGUACGUACAGGAUGGUGUGUAUGGCGACUUCAACUGCGAAAAUGGAUGAAAUACGCGUUCCAAGAAAGAUCGAGAGGCAUACUGAAUUCAGUUAUGGACAGAAUGGUUUCUAGGACGCGUCAGCCUUGAAGAAACACGCUGAGGUACUACUACUCACGAUUGAAGGUCAAGGUCUUCGUCGUCAUCGGAGUAUGAGUCUCGUUGAUCGGCAUUGCGGUCCGAAGCAUGAUGGCCGCGGCGUGUAACGAGCCCACCCUCGCAAUCAACUGCGCUAUUGCCGACUCCCAGACACAACUUGAGGAGGAUCCGCUAUGGAUGGAAAGCUUGAGCUGAACCCCAGGGAAAGACCACGCAAGUGGUCUCUGAAGCGGCUGACCGCGUCCAUCUUUGCCAUCGUUUGCGCGACACUGUAUGCUCUCGAUCGACGCGUGGUCAUUAGCAUCGUAUCUAAGCACACAACGAGCGUCACGCCCACUCAAUACAAGAAAUGCCAACCACCGCUACCGACUCUUCUUGCCGGCCGUCCUCCGACACCAGAUUCGCCUCGGUUUAAGACCGCAAUCGCCUCACUAGAUUCGUUUCUCACUACUCGUGCCGCUGCUUCCGAUAUCGACAGUCUCUCUGUUUCGGUUGUUACCCCAGCCGGACCAUUGUUCGAGCGAGGGUAUGGACUGCUGAAGGCAAACGAUACGACUAGCACGGAGACUGUCACAAGAGAUUCUGCCUACCGAAUCGCAAGUAUCUCCAAGAUGUUCACUGUGUUCGAGACCCUCAUCCUCCGUGAUAUGGGGAUGUUGAAUUGGGAUGAUCCAGUCGCCAAAUUUCUCCCGAAUUUCACCCAUCCUAAGGAGGGCUGGUCCUCUUAUCUGCAGGGCGAAUACUCCGCGGACAAAUCUCCAAUCACACUGAGGCAGCUCGCGACCCACAUGUCAGGAUUGGGCAGAGAUUAUCCUCCUGAGAACUUCGGAGAUGUAUGGCCUCUUCCGCUGGAUGAGGUUGAGCGGGACGAUGGAAAAGCCGGACGGACGGGAACAGCUGAAGCACUCUUGGAGGCUGCCAUGCAUUAUCCUCUGGUCGCGCCUCAAUAUACGUUCCCUGUCUACUCCAACACCGGCUUCGAUCUUCUUGGGCUCUGCAACGUCGCUGCUUUUGAGAUGGUAACAGGGCGCGUGAAUGUUACCCAUCACGAGCUGCUCGACGAGCACAUUUUCCAACCACUGGGCUUGACGAGCAGCUUUUAUCGGAUCGCAAACGCGAGCAUCGCUACCCGUGUAGCGAUACCGUCUUCUGACUUCGAAUGGGCGGUAAGCGUCAGUCCCGGUCCUUCUUGCAUGGUGGAUGAUGUCUGGCACAGGAUAUGACUUAUUCACCUGCAUACGAACCCUCCGGUGGGCAAUUCAGCUCCUUGGCGGAUCUUGGAAUCGUACUGCGAUCCUUCCUCUCUCCGAAUGGCGAAGGAAUUCUCAGUCCAUACGUUAUGAGAGAAUGGCUGCGACCACUGCAUGCUUGGAGCGAUGGUUUCCAGGAAGUAGGAGCGCCCUGGGAGAUCGCCAAAUUACCAGGCACAGAGGAGCGUGCUUAUGCAAAAGGUAAACCAGAUCCGGGCCCUCCAAAUCAUUCCUCGCUGACUGUGUGAGUACAGGCGGGAAUCUCCCGGGUUACCACUCUCAGUUUGUGGUCGUUCCUCAAUGGUCCUACGGUGUCGUCGUCCUCGUCACCGGGGAGUAUGCUGAUACGACUUCCCUGGCCCGGACGACCAUGGAGCUCUUCCAACCGGCAUUCGACGCUCUCUUGCUGACCGAGGUGACCGCGGCGUACACUGGAAUCUGGGUCGGAGACGGCAGUGUUGCAAUCGUACUCCUGAAGGAUGGAGUGCUGUAUCUCGAGAGCUUGAUUGUGCGUGGCAAAGAUGUCCUCGAAAUUCUGCAGCGCGCGAAGCCCGGAGAAAGUAGACCUGUAGCUUUGUGGUCUGCCGGAAGACCCGAUGAGUUUAGGUGAGGAAGACAUUCUUGCACGUUCGCCGCGCCACUAAUCUACUUGAAAGAUUGGCCCUCGGUCGACCAUAUCUGAACGAUAAUGCUGAUGCAGGCUGCGAGCCCUAUUGGGUUAGCUUGGAUCCACCCAUGGCCAAUGGUGCACCUGUGGAUGUCAUUUUCUGGGAGGGUUCCGAGUUGGUGUAUCCUUCUGCGAAAGUCCGUCUUGAAAGAAUCGGUUGAACAUAUUACACCACAACGUACAAAUACUAAUCUGCAUCGACAACCAUACCACCCCGGCCCCUCCGAAUGCGGUCUUCCAAUCCGAUGGAGCCGCCGAAAACUUUCUUCUGCUCUUUGCUAAGGAAGUUGCCCAUACCCUGCGACUUGCGGCGGUCUUCUUCGUCACGAGCUAGAUCAGCCUUUUCCUUCUCCAAGAGCAUGGCAAGCCGUUGUUGACGUUCGGCACUCAUGGUGUUUGCGUCAGACGACAUAGCAGCAAGCCGUGCAGCUCGUGCAGCGGCAGCCUUCUCGGCCAUAGUGCCCCCAUCCGAAGGCUGAGACGGUGGUGGGCUCAUGCGUGGACGCUUUGGUUCAGGCUGUCGGCGAUCGUCGCGACGCCGAGGACUUGGGCUGCGAGCACGCUUGUGACCUCGCUCAGGGCUUCGGCUGCGAUGAGCAGACUCCUCGGAUUCGUCAGAACGCGGCCAAGUUCGAACGUGAGGGUCGCGAGACCGAGCCCGCGAGUCCCGCACAGGGCUUUCCCGGCGGUGUCGAUCAGGCGAGGGGCUGCGGCGCCUGUGAUAGUCACUAUGUCUGCGCGGCGGAGAGCGGGAACGAGAGUAAUCAGGGGAGCGCCGCGAGUGAUAACGGUCUCGCGACACGGAGCGUUGGCGUCGCUCGUAGUCCCGAGGACUGGCUGAACGGUCCCUUCGCUGUCUACGUUCUGCCUUCAACCUCCUUCGCUCUUCCUUCUCAAGCUUCUUCGCACUCUUGUCUUUCUUCGGUUUGAUGCCAUUGCGCUCUUGCAUUUCACGCAAGCGAAGAGGGUUGGCCAUGAGCGCUUCGUAGGAAGCCUGUUCCUGCUGCUUGAUUGCGAGAAGAGGGUCUUCACGAAUCUUUGAAGCGGUAUCGCGGACGUUGUUGGCAUUCUGAACAGCAAUGAAGUUCUUAUGCGAGGCUCCAAGCUGAAAGUGACUUCAGAAAAAUAUCAAACGGACAAGGCAGUCCGCACCUUGGCAUUCUCAUCAGCAGUAAGAAUCUUGUCCACUCGCUUCUUUCCAAGAAGAUAGUCCUCAAGCUCGUUUGCGUUCUGACUUGAUCCCGUCGCGGGGGUUGCAUACAUCCACUCCAACUUUUCAGUUCGUUUCCGACCCGUUUGUUCCUCUUGUAGACGUUGCAGCUCCUGCAUCUGGCGUUCCUCUUCUUUCUCCUUGCGCAGCUGGUCGAGUUUCUUCUUCUCCUCGAGCUAAGACCGUACAUCAGUUUGCGCAGUGAGUCAGACAUCGCAACAGUAUAACACACCGCCUUCUUCUCCUCCAACCACACCCGCUCCUGAUUCUUCAACAGGAGCGGAUGCCACGACUUCUUCAUGUUGAGAUCUCCUCCACCCAUCUUGAAUGUGUAUUUCGGGAGAAAAACUUGUAGAGGUUGGGUCACCGAAGGACGAUGGUGGUGGGAGACAAUAUGCAGCCAC